AGAGACACUAUCAUAUGAGGGCUUUUUUCCAUUCUGCAUUACCCACAACUGCUGAGCCUCGGCUGGGCUCCCCUGGAAUGUCACAAAAAUCCCACAGCUGAAGCAGCCUUUCUGAGGGUGUCAGCAGGAGGCUCUGGGGGACAGGAACACGCACUGGGAGCUGCCAAGGGAGUUCUUGUUGCACCUGAGGAUCUGGGCACAGAGGGCUCGUCAAGGUCGCUGGGUACUUGCAAGCCAGUGUGUUGAAGAUGUUUGGGGCCUGUCUGGUGGAAGUGGCCAUGUCGCGAGUAACUCACGCACACGCCUUCCCAGUGAGCUUCCCUCUCCUGAGCCUUGUCCUGGUGCUGCUCUUCCAUGCAGAGGGCACACGUGCGGAGAGCCCCAGUGAACUGCCCGCCAACGACACCGAGGAGUGCGCUGGCUCCUACAUCUGCAAAAAGGGUGUGAUUUUACCAAUAUGGGAACCCCAGGACCCCUCGUUUGGGGACAAAAUUGCUCGGGCGACGGUGUAUUUUGUGGCAAUGGUGUACAUGUUCCUGGGAGUGUCCAUCAUAGCCGACCGCUUCAUGUCCUCCAUCGAAGUCAUUACGUCCCAGGAGCGGGAAAUAACCAUCAAGAAGCCCAAUGGCGAGACCAGCAAAACCACCGUGAGGAUCUGGAACGAGACUGUUUCCAACCUCACGCUGAUGGCCUUGGGCUCGUCUGCUCCGGAGAUCCUCCUGUCCGUUAUCGAGGUGUGCGGCCACGGCUUCACGGCGGGGGACCUGGGGCCAAGCACCAUCGUGGGGAGUGCUGCCUUCAACAUGUUUGUCAUCAUUGCGAUCUGCGUGUACGUGGUGCCAGAUGGAGAGAUCAGGAAGAUCAAGCACUUGCGAGUGUUUUUUGUUACAGCGGCCUGGAGCAUCUUUGCCUACACUUGGCUUUACAUUAUUUUAUCUGUGUCUUCUCCUGGGAUUGUGGAGGUUUGGGAAGGCUUGCUCACCUUCUUCUUCUUCCCCAUCUGUGUGGUGUUUGCCUGGAUAGCUGACAGGAGGCUUUUAUUUUACAAGUACGUCUACAAGAAAUAUCGAGCUGGAAAGCAGAGAGGGAUGAUCAUCGAGCAUGAGGGUGACCGGCCCUCCUCCAAGGCUGACAUCGAGAUGGAUGGAAAGGUUGCUAAUUCUCACGUGGAGAACUUUCUGGAUGGGACACUGGUGUUGGAGGUGGACGAGAAAGACCAGGAUGACGAGGAAGCCAGGAGGGAAAUGGCUCGGAUCCUGAAGGAGCUGAAACAAAAGCACCCAGACAAGGAAAUUGAGCAGCUCAUAGAGUUGGCCAACUACCAGGUCCUGAGCCAGCAGCAGAAGAGCAGGGCCUUCUACCGCAUCCAGGCCACUCGGCUCAUGACCGGCGCCGGCAACAUCCUGAAGAGACACGCUGCAGACCAGGCCCGCAAAGCCGUCAGCAUGCACGAGGUCAACAGCGAGGUGACCGAAAACGAUCCCGUCAGCAAGCUCUACUUCGAGCAGGGCACCUACCAGUGCUUGGAGAACUGUGGCACCGUGGCUCUGACCAUCGUCCGCCGGGGAGGAGACCUGACCAACACGGUGUACGUCGACUUCCGGACGGAGGACGGGACGGCCAACGCUGGCUCUGACUACGAGUUCACUGAAGGGACAGUGGUCUUCAAGCCUGGAGAGACCCAGAAGGAAAUCCGUGUCGGCAUAAUAGACGAUGACAUAUUUGAGGAGGAUGAGAACUUCCUGGUCCAUCUCAGCAACGUCCGUGUGAGCACCGAGGCCUCAGAUGAGGGCGUCCUUGAGGCCAGUCGUGUCUCAACACUUGCCUGCUUGGGAUCGCCCUCUACUGCCACCGUCACCAUUUUUGAUGAUGACCACGCUGGCAUCUUCACCUUCGAGGAGCCAGUAACACACAUCAGCGAAAGCGUAGGAACCAUGGAAGUGAAAGUGUUGCGAACCUCUGGAGCACGAGGAAAUGUUAUUGUGCCCUACAAAACCAUUGAAGGCACGGCCAAAGGUGGAGGAGAGGACUUUGAAGACACCUGCGGGGAGCUGGAGUUCCAGAACGAUGAGAUAGUCAAAACGAUAUCAAUCAAGGUGAUAGAUGAUGAGGAGUAUGAGAAAAACAAGACCUUCUACCUAGAGAUCGGGGAGCCCCGGCUGGUGGAGAUGAGUGAGAAGAAAGCCCUGUUGUUGAAUGAGCUUGGCGGCUUCACCAUCACAGGGAAACUCUGGAAUGGCAAACCUGUCUUCAGGAAGGUCCAGGCUAGAGAUCAUCCUCUUCCUUGCACCGUGGUCUCCAUCCAAGAGGAGAAUGAAGAAAAGCAGCCACUGACCAGCAAGGAGGAAGAAGAGCGUCGGAUCGCAGAGAUGGGGCGCCCAGUCCUGGGGGAGCACACCAAACUUGAGAUCAUCAUUGAGGAAUCCUAUGAGUUCAAGAACACGGUGGACAAGCUCAUCAAGAAGACGAACCUGGCCCUGGUGGUUGGCACCAACAGCUGGAGGGAGCAGUUUAUUGAGGCCAUUACUGUCAGCGCGGGGGAAGAUGAUGAUGACGAUGAAUGUGGGGAGGAGAAGCUGCCCUCCUGCUUUGACUACGUGAUGCACUUUCUGACCGUCUUCUGGAAGGUCCUCUUUGCCUUCGUGCCCCCGACAGACUACUGGAACGGCUGGGCUUGCUUCGUUGUCUCCAUCCUCAUGAUCGGCCUCCUGACAGCUUUCAUUGGUGACCUGGCAUCCCACUUUGGCUGCACCAUUGGCCUGAAGGACUCGGUCACUGCCGUCGUGUUUGUCGCCCUGGGGACAUCGGUGCCAGACACAUUUGCCAGCAAAGUAGCAGCAACGCAGGACCAGUACGCGGACGCCUCCAUCGGGAACGUCACCGGGAGCAACGCUGUGAACGUUUUCCUGGGCAUUGGGGUGGCCUGGUCCAUCGCAGCCAUCUACCACGCGGCGCAUGGACAAGCCUUCCAAGUCUCCCCCGGCACGCUGGCCUUCUCCGUCACCCUCUUCACCAUUUUUGCUUUUAUCAGUGUGGGAGUGCUGCUCUACCGGCGGAGACCCGAGAUCGGAGGUGAGCUGGGCGGGCCGCGGACUUCCAAGCUGCUCACAUCCUCACUCUUUAUCCUCCUCUGGCUCUUGUACAUAUUCUUCUCAUCUCUGGAAGCCUACUGCCACAUAAAGGGCUUCUAAAGGGACAAUCAGAGAUAGUAAAUAUGUGUAUAUCUAUAUAUAUCUAUAUAGAGUGAUAUAUAGGUAUAGAUAUAGAUAUAAAGCUGUGUAUAAUGAACAGAGAAAGAAUAAAAGAGAUUUGCCAUGUUCACACACCUGCUGAUGGAAAGCGGCUUUGGAGCAUCCUUUGAACUAGGCAGGACCCCAAAGCCAGCAGGACCCCUCCCCAGGCAGCAGCCCCAGCCAGGAGCCAGGGGCAGGGCCCUUUCUGCAACUCGACCAACAGGAGCGGCCGAUGGCCACCGAGCCCCUUCCCAUCGCUGACUCCCACCCGCUGGCCCCCGGGAAGACGGAUGUGAAGGCGACCGGGGCGCGUCGGUGUGAGGAAGGCCAGAGUAGCUGGUGAGAAACAGAGCAGUGGGCAAGGGAAGCAGAGGAAAGCAAGGGUUCUGAUGUCCCACCGCCAUCCAGCUGCCUUCACCACUCGGGAACAGGCCCUCUGGCCCUGUUGGAGAGGAGCAAGAGACCGAACUGAAGACAAGGGGAAACUGGGAGCUUUCUAAGGAUAGAACACAAACCGUUUUCGUCAUUGAUUUGGGGUUGGUUUUUUUGUUUCGUUUUGGCGUGUGUACAACUAGCAUUUCCCACCCACAUGCCCCUCACCUUCCCCUGUCCAUGCUUUGGGGGCGCACAGCUGCAGCCUCGUGUCCAGUGUCCCAAGCCGAGGCUGCGCGGAGCGGCGGGAGCCUUCCUCCCGCUCCUCCGCCUCCUCGGGCAUGCUGUCGUGGUACUUGUAACAUUUGCAUGAAUGAAAUGAAAUCUAUCUGUAUAUAGCAUCCUAUAGCGAUAGUCCUUCCAACCAUGUGGGUUGAGCAUUGCAGAUUACAAGCGUUUUUUUUUUUCACUGGGUUUUAUUUAUUUUUAGUUAGUUCGGUUUUGCCAUAGGGUUUUUGCUCGUUUGUUUGUUUGUUUCCUCUCAGUGGGGGUGGAAAGGAUGGAAAGCUGUCCCCACUUACUGCUCGUGGCAUGGGUCCAUGAGAAGCAAUAACAGCCAUGCAGUUGUAGGUUUUCAGGGGAGGAAAAGCCACACCCCAGAGGCUUCAGGCUCUGUCCAGCUGUGUGGAUGGGGUCCUCUGAUGUGCUGAAGGCCUCCUCUGCCCACGGGAGGUUUUACACAAGGUCCCAAGGAGUGGGGUGAGCAGUCUGAGGGGAACAAGCGUGGCUGACUCCCAGCACCUCACAUGCUUCUCCUGCCUUCUGAGUCGGUGGCUGCCUCAAAGCCCUUGGCCCCCUGCUACUCCCUGUAUCCCCAGAGGUGUAGUGACAGCCCCUGUUUCUGAGUGUUAAGCCAUCAGGACCAGUCCCCAAAGCUGGUCCUUUCCCACAGCCAUUUGGAGGCAGAAUAAUCCAACGUAAGGGCUGAAGGGCCGGACCAGAUCUCCCACUCCACUGAGUGUAGCCAGGAGGCAUUCCCCCAGGAGCAGGUCGUGUUUUGCACUCUCCAAAUCUGAAAUCACUGGACAGGAUGAGACAGGGAGGUGUAACCCAGCAUCACCCCCCUGAUGCCAGGAGUGCAGGCUGGGGUGGAGAGUCGAGCCAGGGAAAUGUGGGUGUAGAGCUCCCCAGGGCACAGCACAGGGGAAACACUGGGCACUGGUGCUGGGAGAUGCCUUCUGACCCGAUGCCCUUUGCCAGGCUUCCUGACAUUCCAGCCAGGCAAACUCCCAGCCUGCCUGUCCGUGGUGAGCUCUUCCCACUCAGCUGAAAACCACGUCUGAUGCUUGUACCAUAACCAGCUGGCUGGGGGUAUUUGUACUCAUCUUGAACUAUCUGUGGAAAUUUUAAUUAACCUGCUGUAAGGUUUUCUCUAGGAAUAUGAAGUUGUGGGUUUGGUUGGGUUUUUUUUUCUUCUCGAGCCUUUUUUCACUUUUGAUUUGUUUUGGGGUUUUACUUUUUUGUUUCUCAUUGUUUUGGGGGAAAAAUCAAACACAGGUGCAGGUUGUUCAGGUUUAUGAUUACCUUUAUGUACAAUGAUUUCAUUUUCAUCUGUUUGGCUUCAUUUUUUUUUCUUUGUGUGUAUUGCCCACCACUAUAGGCAGUGAGUCCACUAAUUGUGAUGAUCCUUAUCAAUGGUACACAAUGCACAGAGAAAUAAAGUUUGUAAUGAUUCCUGAUGGAUCCAGUACUGCUCCUGCAUAUUCUCUAUGGAAAACCCUUCUCUCCCCCUCCAGCUGUUUCCCCUCUGUACCCAUCUCUCCUUGACUCAUUGGUUUGCCUCCACCGUGUUUCUGCCACUGGCAGGGGCAGCGGUGCCUUGGCACGGCCGCCCCUGCCCCAUCUCACGUCCUUCCUCCAUCUCCAUGGUGCCUCAGGCUCGGUGUGUGCUGCCGUGCAGCCGGGGCUCACAGCCCGCCCCACUCUCAGGGGGAUGCAGGAAACCACCCAGGGACAAAGCUGCAGGGCAUCCCACCCUCCCGGGGCCAGGGGCUGCUCCAGUGCCGCCUCCCUGGCCAGUGCUGGCUUGCCCUAGGCUCGGGGAGAGCCGUGGGUGUGCCCCCAAGGUACCAAGCAGCUCUUUCUUCUUGUGUCCUCUACAGAACUGCUCCUGCUCUUGCUACAGCUUAACCCUGUGCUGGGUUAAGCCACGAGCUAACUCUGAGGGAGAGUGCAAGAGAGGCAUUACCAGGGCAGGGUCCGUGGGUGCCAAAGCAGAUCUGAGACACCCCACAAGUCUGGGCUGCUCUCAAGGGGUGCCUGCCUGUGCCCCAGUCCUGGUGCCGUGGGCUGUUUCAGACCCUUGUGCCUCGACACAGCUCAGCCAGCACUGAGGAGGAGAAAAGCCUCCCCAUGCCCAGGGAUGUUGCUCCUCCUUGUGUUUCAUCCAGCCUCUGUUGAGCUGUCCCCAGAUAAACCCUCCCUGCAAUGCCUGGGAGGUCCUGCUCUGACAGCUGGACUCAAACACCAGCCCUGGAGAUGGGCCCCAGGCAAGCACUGCCUUCAACACUGCCCAGCAGAGAGCAUGGCCGCGACGUCCACGUGCUGCGAUGUCCCUGUGCUUUUCCCAGGCAGUGGAUUGUGAAAGCAAAGCAGCUCUUCUGACCCAGUAAUUGCAUCUGCUGAAAGGUGAUGUUGUUGUUUUCCCCUCAUCAUUUGCUUCUCCAGAAUGAAUUGCCUUCGCUGAAGUAAUUAACAAGUCAAAUGGGGCUUGUGUAGCCACUCAGGUUAGACAGUAAAUAACUCUUCUGCUCACAGAGCUUUCCAGAGGGAAUGAUGGAGCAGUGCUUGCUUAGGACAAGGCCUAAACCACAGGUUAAACACCAGCCCAGUUCUCUGCCAGCUGUGUGCUUUUGGGCAUGUCUAACCCGGCUGUGCACGCCGUGGCUGUGCCGUGGCUCGUGGAGGGGUCACGGGGAGCAGUGAAGGAAAGCGGUGUUCCUGAGGGUGCCAGGCCUGCUCUUCUGCACAGUCUGCUCCUUAAACAACACUCUCCAAAGGCAGAGGAGAACUGCCCUCCCUGAGAAGACCCCGGCACUGGAUGGCAGGAGGAAGCACAUCGCCGGCACAGUCACACCUUGUCACAGCUCAGCUCCGUGGAUCCCGUCUCAUGCCAGAACUCUCCCAUCUCUUCCUCGUCCAGCCUCUCCACCCAUGGGGAGAACAUUGAGAACAUCUCUGACAAAGGCCUGGGUUUAUGGAUGUUGCCAGAAGCAGCAUUUAAACUCUUGGCCUCCAUCCAUCUGCCCUCCCAUUUGCUCUCGCCCCCUCAUCCAUCACCCCCCAGCCAAAGGCAAACCUUUCCAUGGAGAAGGAUGCAGCACAUGCCCAAAGGACAUUCAGAGACAGACACCCAAAUAACUCCACAGGCCACUGCCAAGCACGUGGGGACGAGCAGAAGGAACACACUAGAGACAGCCCUAACCAUCUUGGGCAAACCAUACUGCCAGCUCUCCAGGGCUCAGCAGGCGCGGAGGCAAAUCCCAGUCACAGCCUGAACACUCGGAAAAGGCUCAAAAAAAAGGACAAGAGCAGCAGAUCUGCAGUGCCUCAUGGCUGAGCCCACCCCACCUGUGCCAGGGCAGCACAGGAAUUGCUCAGUCCCAAGGUGUGAACCCCUCAUCUCCAGCCAAACCAGGCUCCUGCCCCUGUGUCACCACGUGCCGGCAGCCUGUGAUCCCAAGACUCAUUUGUGCAUCCUCGUCCCUGCUCCCUGAAAGGACAGAGGGGAGGAGGGAGGCCUUGAGCCCAGCCUGGUCACCAGCCUGGCUCUGAACUCACUGCACUCUUCCUGCUGCGGGCAGGGACCAGGGAACCAGAGCCCCCGUGUUAUUGUUACAGCUAUUUUUAAAUUCUUGGGUAAGAAUCGUCAGCAUUGGUGGCCACACACAUAACUCAGGAGGAAGUUCAACUACAUUCCUGGAGGGGCAGAGCUGAGCUUAGCCAGAAAGCGACAGAAAACUUAAUGCUGGAUGCUGUAAUUCCAGGACAAAGCCUUCCAUUAUUUUCUGUAGGCUUUGGCACCCAAGCCCACCUGGAGAAACGUGUUUGCAGAGCACCAGGAGCCUCUCUGGCCUCUCUGAGCACGCAGUGACCAACUCCUGACGCCUAUACACGUGCUCAGCACAGCUGUGGAAAAGCCUGUUUAUCUUGUAAAAUACUGACUUGCGCAGGAAAGAGUCCAGAGGCGUCCGUAUUCUUGCAAAAAGCACCCAGGGACAAUAAAUACAGUGAGAUUCCUCACCUUUUAAGGACUUGAGCCUUUCUGCUGUUGGAACUGGAGGUGCCAAGAGCCUCUUGCCAGGCAGCAGCACCCCUCACACAGAGGGAAGGGACACUGCAAGGGAGAGGGGCCCGUCUGGCCAAGUAGGAGCUGUUAUCAGCAAAGAUAGGCAGGAGCUUGCUGCUACCAGCAGGAUUUUCUGCCUGAGAUGCCCCUGAGAGCAUCCAAGGAGUCUCCACAGGGUCUUGCUCUCUCUCUGGAGCAUCCCAAGAGGGGCCAGUCCUGCCCCUGGGACCCAGUGCCCCCAGGGUGGUUCACUGCCCUCUCCAGCAGGCUCUGCACCCUCCCUUGGCUCCGUCCCCUUUCCCAAAGGGAAUGCCAGCUUGGGGCUGCCCUCACUACAAGUGUGCAGGAGGGCACUGGGGCACCCAAAGGUGUGUGGAGCACUGCUGGAGCUGGGUGUUCCAGCAGGAUGUCCAUCAUCAGAGGGCACGGGGAAGGGACAAGUGCCAAGGGGUCCCACUCAGAUCUGGAAUCCUUGUUCAAGCACUGCCACAGCAUGUCCCCUGCCCUGGCUGCCGUGGGCACGGGCAUGCACCAACCUCGAUUGCUGCACAGACACAGCACAGCCUCCCGCUCCUCUGGCUGCCCACGGGCACCAGACCCAGACAGUAUUUUUAUCUCUUUGAUUCAAAACAGCCCUUGGCCUGUUGUGCUGCACCAGGAAAGCUUUCUGCCCCUCCCAGUAUGCAGCCCCAGCCCAGUUCAGGUGGCACUGGGAAGGACCAUAGUGACCCACCAUUAUGACCCCAGCUGAUGCCGGGCUCCUCCGCAUUCUGCCUCGAGCCAUCUCAAGGUCCCAAAAUCACUGUCUAUGCUCUGUGCCCAUCCAGCCUGCGGCUUGCUCUGUGCUUGCUUCCCCUGUGAAGCCUCUUCACCUUCCAUCUUCUCCCAAGCUCUGUGCAGAAGAGCAUUCCCUGUUCCUCUCUGCUGCCCCACAGCUGAGGGUUUCCCGUGUGGGGCAGAUUUCCUUUCUCACUGAACUGAACACUUGUUAGCUCAGCCUUGCUGUCCGUGCCUCAAGGCAAAGAUGAACCACCCCACAUUGUGGACCUGAGCCCCUACAAGCCAAGGAGCAGCCAAACUUCCACACAAACCCCAGCACGCUGAGCCCCUCCUGCUCAUCACCCAGGCACAGUCACAGACACUACCUACAGGACAGGCAGUUUUUAGUGUGCCACUGGCCUUCACUCACUGGUCUGUGGAAUAUUUUUUGCUGAAUUUCCACCACUGUCAAGUCCCACAGAUGCUCCACCCCCCCCCAGCCCAAACGUGCCUCUAUGUUUCCAAAUCAAACUAAUUUUCUUUAGCUGGGGGUUCAAGGCUUUCCUGCCUUAGCUUGAAAUAGGCAGUUUAAGUUGAGCAAGUUUCAAUGGCUUGGGAUGCUUAUCCACACUUAGAGCUCCUAAACCCUUGCAGCACGUGGGAGACUGCCACAGGGCUCUCUCCCUGCCCCUCCCAACCUCUUUGUUGAGCUGGGAUUUAUUCUUCCUCCACUGCUUCCAGCUCAGAGGGGUCUCUACAGAUGGGAGGAUGAGACCUGCAUGGAACACAGCCUUGCUCUGCUUUCCUGAUGGAAAUUGCCGUGUCCAUGGCACCGCCAUCCCCAGGAGUGUGUGUCCCUCUCUCCCAGCCCACAGUCCCUGGCAGGCUCCUUGCUCACCGAGGUGUGAGAUCCUGGCAGAUCUGCUGCUUUGCAGAGACACUUAGAAACACUCAGAAUUUCUAAGUCCCUGUGAGAUUGCUGUGUUGGCACGGGCAAGGUUGGAUCCUGGUGGUGCAAACGUGUCCCAGAGCUUAUCUGGGAACACGAAUGAAAGGUUUUGCGAGAUUUGUGAAUCCCAGGGAUGCAGGGAGGUGCACAAGUGGAUUUCUCAUUGUUUCCCGUAAUGCUGAGAUGCCUCCCUUGCCUUCAGCUCCAGCCCUGUGCCCUGCCCCGGCCUUUCCUUGCAGUAGGAGCUGUGAUGAGCUGCCCCUUGGCUGAACUCCCCCUGUUCAAACGAGGACGAAGUGAUGCCUGUUUGUGUCUUCACUGGCUUGCCCCAUGCUGCCUCCUUCAUCUUGCGAGCUCUUGAGAAAAAUGUGCCCAUGCAGGGAGCCUUGCAGGAGCCCUGCUUGUCUUGCUCUUAAUCAGGAAACAUACACUACUUUCUGCAGCUCAAGAGAGCAAAAGAUGGCAAUAAUACCUCUUACAUUACAGGCACCGUGUUAGCAAGGAAGAAAACCUUAUUUAUUUUUUCCCUGACAAUACCUGUCCUACUUCUUUUUUCCAUAAUGCAUUAAGCAUUAGGAGGCACAGCUCUACACACAGUCCAGCUCUCAAGACUACCUGUUGAGGACAUUGCUCAGCAAUCCAGCAGAUUUAUUUGUGGAUGAAGGGCAGAAGGUGGUGAAUUCUCCUACAAUUCCUAGCUCCUGCUGGAAGACACACAGCCGUGCUGGCAAAACCCACAAAGCACAGGGUUGUGUAAAACGCAGCCCUUUGUAUCCUGGGUCUCUGUGCCAAGAAGACCUGGCAUGAGGUUGUAAAAUCCAAAUCAUGAACCUCCUGAAGACCACUCAGCAGUGAUGGGCGUCUUUAUCCCUCCUGCUGUCUCCAGGCUGUCCGGAGAGGUCUCUGGCACACCUGGUGUUCCCCGAGUGAGAACGUCAGCGCUAAUCAAGCGACGAGAGGACUCGGAGUAGACAAACCACGUUCUACCUCCCACCCCAAAUACAAGCCCACAGGAUAUUCCCAGCAAGAGGCAGUCAGACUGCCAGGCAGACCUUGGGAAGCCUCACCCACCUCAAAGGCAGCAGGUUCCCCAUGGCUUCCUGCUGCUCCCCACAUCACUGCCAUGAGGGAUGUGCUGCUCGCAGCUCAGCAUCCUGCAGGCACAGCCAAAGGAGACACCUGCGCUCCCCAGGCUUGCUCAUGGGAGCAUCAGGCAGAGAGGCCUGCAAGGAGUGGCCAUAAUAUUUCAAAGGAGAGAUAAAUGAGAUGGGAAUUAGUUAAAAAAAGCAAAACCUACAGUAGCGGUAAUUAAGAUCCAUCACUUAUUUUCCGCUGUAAUGAAGUGGCCCAAUUAUCUUGAUGCUUGAGUGACCACUCCAGUUCUCAAAAGUCAUUUCCUCACACUUGAACAACUGCUCCUCCUUCCAGAGUAACCAUCUCAGAAAGAAACACAUCUUUCCUGGAAGAGAUGUAAUUCAUGUCAGCAGCUCCUCCCACUGUCCCUCUCAGGAGCAGAGGGACACUCAGGCAGGGAGCUGCCUGCACAGCCCAUCCCAGGGCUGCUGGACACUCCCCACAGCAAGGCUCCCCUGGAACAGCGGGAUGCAAGGGGGAAAGAGCUGAGAGUGGCUCCCUGGGCCUGAUAAGUGAGGGGGACAGCUGAUGGCUGGAUGCAGCCCAUGAGGGGAGGCAGGCAGCAAGCGUGUGGUGAGUGUCCUUACGGGCAGCCCAUGCCAGGCUGGUGGCUGGGGACAGCACUGCCAAGGCAAGCUGUCCUCUGGGAUUUUGGAUGUGCUGCAGAAAGAAUGGCUCUCACUUUCCUGCUCUCCUCUGACAGCCACCAAUCUCUGACAGCCCCCAGAGUGCCCCAGCUCAGCAGCCCGAGGGGAGCUCCCCGUGACCCCCAGAGCAGCACGGGGCGGGCAGGAGGCUGUGACCACCCUUCCUGACGCACCCAAAGCCACCUGCCACCGUCAUCCUGUCACCCAUCACCCUGUGUGUGUCCCCCCCCACGACCACAAGGCACUCUAGGGCAGACAGACAUCUUGUGCAAACCUUGACAGAGAGAGAGAGAGAGAGAGAUCUCUGACAGCCCAACCAGCCCCCUGCUCCCUCCACCAGGGACAGGGCAGGCAGACCCCAGCUGGACAGAUCCAAAUUAUUCCAAAGCUGGGCUGAGAGUUUGCAGGAGAACUGGUUUGCCUGGAGACAGAAACCAGAGCACGGGUCAUAAAUUCAACUCCACCUUCCCUCUGCCGCCUGCGCCGUGCUUGGCGCCAUGAGCUGGCACUGUCCUGGCUUGUGCCCCAAGCUGAGGGUCACCCCCAGGCUCAGCAGCUGGAGCCCCCCAGUCUCUCUGUCUCUGUCACAGUUCCUCACAAAUUCAAUGGCACAAUGCAGCUACACUAUUUGAAAAGCCAUAAUAUUUGUUGGUACGACUCUUUUAUUACUGUCAAUUUAUAUAUAUAUUUGUUGAUAAAAGAGGUCAUCUUGGGAGACACUUCCAGUCUACUGGGAAAUAACUGUCUGAUGCUGUAUAUUCUGUACAUGCUGUAUAAACAAAGCAAAAUAUGUAAAUCUAAAUGUUUGGUGGACUCGGUGGCAGGUGCUGCAGGGGGAGAUUGGGACCAGGCCAGGCCCCUCCUUGGGCCACCACGGCUCGGGCUCGGGGGUCCCAGCAGAGUCACCGUCCUGCUGGGCUCUGUGUACGCUCUGGGGCAGGAUCUGGGGCGGUGCAGGGGCGAAGCCUGCGGCUCCCUCGGUGCUUUUCCCCGCACGAAGGUGAAAGGGGGCGGCUUUGGGAGCUCUCUUGACCUCCCUCCUGGGGCACAGCGCAGGGCCGGGCACGGCCGGAUCCAUCGGGAACGCUCAGCACGCCCGGGGUCACCCACCUGCACCCCAGCCCUCCUGCCCGGGGAGGACAGCCCUCAGCCACCACCCAGCACGACAUCUCUAAGCCUUAGAGGUCCCAGAGAGACGAUUCCCCGUGGGAAGACGGCCGGUGACGGCAGAGACUGGCUCCGAGCAUCCGGCUUCUCCAGCUCCUUCCCACGCCAAUCCCUGGUGUGUUUUACAGCAGCCACGAGCUGUGACCUUCUAACCCGACACACGCUCUUAGAAAACCUUGUUUCAUAUUUUCCGUGGUAUCAAUCUACAACUUUUGAAAUUACUGGACACAGUCGUGGUAGCCUAAAAGUUGUGCUGAGCUCAUAUAUUUUUAUAUUUGUGGUGUUUUCCUAUCAAUAGAGAGUAGUGAACCCUAUAGCUGAAAGUGAACUAUUCAAAAUAAAUAUAUGACUGCAGAAAAUAUUUGUAAAAAUAAUUUAUUUGAAAUAUUCUGCCAAAGAUAGCUCUCUAAUGAUCUGUAAGAUGUUGUUUCUCUCUUUUUGCUCUGAAUGUUAUUGUGAAAGGACCUUUCUCCCCGUAUCUUUUGAUUUUUUUAUUUUUAUUUAUUUUUUUUUGUAUCUUCAAGGGCAAAGAAAUAUUCCAAUGUUUUGGUUUUUUUUACUAGAGAAGUAAAUAGAGUAGUAGAGAGGCACAAGACAACUCUGCAAAGGUGAUAAACAGGAUCCAGUAACAAUCACUCUGAAAAUCCGGUUUCUCCCGUACUUCUGGCUGACAGGUGGGGUUUGAAGCCUGGGACAGCUGUCCAGCAGGAAGAGCUUGGCUGCUUGCUGCUGCUGUGGCUGCUGUGUAGCUUACCCAAAGGAGAGAAAUCUCCUGAGAAUCCCAUCCCCAGGCUUGGGGCAUUUGGAUCCCCUUGCAUCUAGUCUUAGCCUCUUCAUUAUUUAUGGCCAUGAUUUAUUUAUUAGCCCUUAAUAGGCCCUGUGGCACACGGGGAACCCUCACCCAGAGCUUUGUAGGGCUUCAGUCCAAUUCCCUCCAUGCACCUGCCAGCAGCCCUGAACCAGUGGCACAGGGAAUCCUGCUGGCAUCCAGGCCUGUCCCCUUCCUCACGUGGGGACAGGCCAGGGGACACCCAGCCACCAGGGGACACGAUACUUUAGCAAGAGGAGCCAUCCCUGCAGGUAUCCAGUUAAAACAGGGGGAGGCACAGCCCUUUACCAUGGAGAAGCUGCCUAGAUUAGUCUUUUAGAAAUUACUAAUUUUUUUAUUUUUUUUUUUGUAGUGAAAAAUCUUCUUUCCCUUCUUCAUUUCUCCCUUUUGAAAGAACUUUUCAAUACUAGGGAAAGCCUUCAUUAUCUCCUGUGAUCCCCAGGUCUGCUGCGGUGGAAAUAAAUCCUCAGCCACGUCUGUUAGGCUCCACCACUUCAAAGAGAUUUUUGGCUCAGAUAUUUUUUCCCCUCUGAGCAGAUUCACGGCUUCUUAAAAGUCCUGGUCAUAAAGAUCUGGAGGAAAAAAAAAAAAGAAAUAAAAGCCCCGUUCCAGUGAAUGUGUUUCCACAAGCAAUUCAACUUUUGACUCCCCCAAGGUCAGGCACGUGUGUGUGUGUUUUAUUGGGAACGGAGGUGGGAAAAGCAGUUUCCAAGCCAUAGGGUGUGAUGGGUGUGAUGGGAGAGCUGCUGUCCAUGGGGUGUGGGUGGCACACUCUGCAGCCAGGGGAACCAGGUGCCAGGGAAUCUCUGUUCCUCUGUGCAAUGGGCUCUCUGAAUCCGGAGCUGCUGUGUCACAGGGAAAC